AUGGCUAAUUUCUUGAUGCGCCGUGCGCUGUUAGAUGCAGUCCGUGUGCCACUCUGCACCAGAGCUUCUUCCUCUUCUACCGAACUUGCUAAGAUCGGUAACCGCGAAUGGGUAGGCUACGGCUACAAUGGACAGCCCAACUAUGUGGACAGGCCUGACUUCCCCAUGCCCGCUGUUAGAUUCCGCCCUGACACUCCUGACAUUAAGGUCCUUCGUGAGAAGGAAAAGGCUGACUGGCGCAAGUUGACUAUCGAGGAGAAGAAAGCUCUGUACCGCGCGUCGUACUGCCAGACCUUCGCCGAGUUCCAGGCGCCCACGGGCGAGUGGAAGGGCAUCCUAGGCUGGUCCCUCGUCAUGGCUUCUCUCGCUGUCUGGGUCUACAUGGGCAUGAAGGUCUUUGUAUACAGUGACCUGCCUGCGUUAACCCUAUCGAUGGUCUUGCAUCCAAAUGGGACUAUGAGAACAACCGCUGGAAGUAAACUGGUGAGAGGUGUAAGAGUGGUGCUAUGCCUGUAG